AAGCCAUUGUUUCCAUACUACUUGCACUCAUUAAUCAUGGAAUCCCACUUUGAUUCCCAUGUUGAGCAAGAUAACGAAGAUGAGUUUCAGAAAUCUUUCAAAGAGAUGAUUUCUACUCUCCCUAAAGGGAACAGCUGGGGUCUUCCCGAUCAUCUAUAUCAGUAUCAAGGUUUUUGGCUCACCCCACCUUUCCUACAAGGAGUCAUGUUAGCUCAACAACAGUUUGAGGCUCAACCCACUGAUAUCAUACUUUGUAGUGCUCCUAGAACCGGCACAGCCUGGUUAAAAUCUCUCACUUUCGCCACUAUUACAAGAACUUCAUUCGAUGAUUCUACCACCCCUUUGCUUUUCAAGAUGCCUCAUGAUGUUGUGCCUUUCAUGGAGCUUGAUCAUGCCCAUUUUUCCGCUAAUCGACAUCUUGGAAUUCCUCUCUUGGCCACUCAUGCUCCUUAUUCUUUCUUACCCACAUCAAUAAUUGAUUCUGGUUGUAAAAUUAUUUACAUUUGCAGGGACCCCAAGGAUACAUUUGUUUCAAUGUAUCACCUCUUUACCAGGUAUGCAAAAUCCCAAAACACUCAACCCAUUGAACUUGACGAAGCGUUUGAGUUAUUUUGUGAAGGCGUAAGUUGGUACGGACCUUAUUGGGACCAUGUUCUGGGAUACUGGAACGCAAGGUUGGAACAUCCGGACAAGUUUAUGUUCUUGAAAUAUGAAGAAAUGAAUGAAGAUAUUGUUUUGUAUCUUAAGAAAUUGGCAGAGUUUAUGGGUUGUCCUUUCUCAUCAGAGGAACAGCAAAAAGGGGUGCCUGAAAAGAUUGUAAAGAUGUGUAGUUUUGAGAAUCUAAGCAACUUGGAAGUGAAUAAAAGUGGGAAACAUCGUGAAGGGCAAGGAAAUUUGGGGAUUGAAAACAAGAUUUAUUUUCGGAAAGGGAAGGUUGAAGAUUGGAAGAAUUAUUUGACGCCUAAAAUGGCCACACGGUUGGACGAAAUAACUCAGCAAAAGUUAAGUAGCUCAGGUUUAAGUCUUAAUUAAAUACGAAGCAAAUGUUUCAUUAGAUCCAUUUUCAGAACUAAUAAUGUAUGCAUGGUGCCUAGUUUCUUUUUUUUAAAGCAUGGGUAGGGUUUGAUCUCUAUUUUACUAUCCUUUGAUUAAGGAUUAGGAUUAUGUUUUGUAAUUUCAUCAAACUUGAGAAGUGAUUAAUGUGUAUUGUCACGAUACUCAAUAUUUGUUAGUA